UUUACUCGGUAGUAAAUGUUUAAAAAAAUGUUCAGGGAAUAUUUUCGAUAUCACACAAGUUACUGCUUUGCAGAGAGUGUUCUUCUUAUUUCUACUGCUUCUAUUGGUGCAUUUACUGCUUUCACUGUAAAUAAUAUAAACCACAUCUACCAAAGAGCCACGAUUUAAAAUGCUUUCGCUUUCGAUGAAACGUCCUGCACUUGUAAGUUUCACGUAGCUGCUGCAAUAUCCCUCGCCUGACCCGUGGUGGGAGAAUUAGGCCCACACAGAUCUUUAACUCAGUUGCUGCUUGAGUCUUGCAGGUGAAUCGUCAACAAUAUCAUCUAACAGUGAAAGCACCUGCUCAUCUUGAGAUGGAUCUCCCAGUGAAGGCAACCAUACUUUUGAAUCUUUUCCCCGACAAGACAAAGGUGAAAGAAAUCCUCAGGUCCCACGGCUUUGUGUUGACAGAUUUGAGCAGUGAUCAGGUGCAUGUCGAAGGCUCAUUUUUUAAACUUAAAGCUGCGAAGGCCUCUUUGGAGUUGCUUCUUAACUCAAAGACCAAGACAGAGAAUGCGCCGUACCAGGAGGUUACUUCUGGUGCCAUUUCUAAAAACUACACUAAGAACAGCUCAGAUCUUAAUCAGAGCCGGUUAGGAUCCAGAAACAAGCCUCUUCAUACUUCUCCAUCUUCACCCACCACUUCCUCACCUUGGUCAUUUGACUCUCCCAACAACCAUCCACCGUCUCCAGAAUACAGAGCUUCUUUUUCUCCAAUACCAAACCAGAGUGGCUCAUUCAGGCGGGGAAGAGACUCCUUUGUCGUUGAUGCAGAUGUGUUUAUAUACGCAGACCAGCUCAGGAAAAAAGAAAUUUGCACCAUCCUGGAAAGCCAUAAUGUUAGAAUGGAAUCGUGUCAAGUUGGCGAUAGCUACAACAUCACUUUACUGGGGAAGAGCACAAGGUUGGCUGCCAGUAAACUACAGAGUCUCCUGGACUUUCUCAACAAAUCACUGCGCACUCAGGACGUUCCUCUGAAGGAUAUGAAUCGUGAAGGCAAGGCUCUUUUAGAGAAGAUCCGGAAAAAUAAAAACAUUUACAAUUCAGUUCUCGUGUGUGUGAUGAAUGACACACUUCACCUCAUAGGACCGUCUGAUGAGAGCUACCAGUUGAGGCAGAAGCUGUUGGGGAGGCCGGUUGGUCAGUCAGUACGUACAGGGAGGACAUCCGACAAAAACUCCAGGGCGAGGAGCAGCGCUCUGCCUCCAGCCAGUCGAAAGAACACAGAAAGAGAUCACUGGGCCGUCGCUUAUCCAUCUCCCGUCAAAACUACAGGUUACUCUGCACCAAAGUACCAGGAUGAUAAACAGGACGGUGUGGAGCCAGAGUGGGGAGCUGCUGGUUAUGCUGAGGGUGGAGCUUUAAGGAGGAGAAGCCAAUCUGAGUCCCGUGAAAAAACCCGGGAAGAAAGGGCUAAUGGAAACAUGCAAGAGUCGGAAAACAAACGUCCGCCUCCUAAAUCAUCCAUGAAAGGCCUUUCGAAGUUACAAAUGUUUAACAAAACAGAUGUAAUGAAAAAGUUACAAUUUUGGAAAUAACAAGAAAUUUAUGUUCAUGAAGGUAGACACACAGCACUGACACUUAGUUUACAUUUUUGGUGGUAUUUUCUGGCCAUGUGUCUAAUAGGCUAACUUUUAUACGUCUUACUGACUAACAGGUUUGAACAUGCAGCUACGUGGUGUGUGCUGUACAGUAGAGCCUGAUUCAUACAGGAAGUUUGAGGCCAAAAUCGAUACCAUUUCAGCAUUAAAGGAAAAGUUUGACAUUUUGCGAAUUACAGUUAUUCGCAUUCCUGCCGAGAGUAAGAAGAUGGAUAUCACUUAUGUGUCUGUGUACAGUAAAUAUGUAGCUACCGUCAGCAGCUGGUUAGCUCAGCAUAAAGACUGGAAACAGGCUAGCCUGUCUCUAUUCAAAGGUAACCAACUCUGCAUACCAGCACCUCUAAAGCCCACUAAUUAACAUGUUAUAUGUUCUUUGUUAAAGUUGUGGUUUUAUGGGGGUUAAGUGCCGGACUAUUUCUCGGCCAGAAACAUUAUCCUUAGACAGAGCAAGGAUAGAUGUUUCAAGUCUUUGUGCUAAGCUAAGCUAACUUCUGUUGAUGGCAUCAUCAUAUUUAUCAUAUCAUAGGCAUGAGAGCAGUAUCAAUGUUCUCAUUUCUCUUGCUAAGAAAGUGACUACAUAUCCCAAUUAUGCUAAACUAGUCUAAUUACAAAUCGAGUCUGUGUGUCAUAUGUUCAACACCUGAGCGUGAGGACUCGUGUGAGCUUUGUAGUCAUGAUCACUGCUGAAGAAAAUAUCUUAGGAAAUGAGGGCCUACUAUGCGGAAACUAUGCUCUUAAAUAGCUUUUAGUUAUUUUUUAAAACUUGAUUCACAGAUAAUAAAUUAUUAUCUUCCAUCUACAGUAUUUAUCACUUAGAUGGCUACAGAAUGUUUUAUUGUUGGUGCAGGAGGUGAAAAAUAUUACUUUUUUAUAAAUUAAGUCUUUGAAACCUUCAAACAUAUUAUUUUUGAUAUUUGUAAAUUACUUUACAUUCAUUCUUAAGACAUUAUUAGGACUGCAAUUAAACAAAUUAUUUUAUAUUUGAGUAAUCUGCUGAUUAUUUUCUCAAUUAAUCUUUUAGUCUAUAUCUGUUAAAAUGUCACAAUCUCCUCGUGGCCAAGAUUAUAUCAACAAGUGUCUUGUUUCGUUUGAUAAACAGUCCCAAACCCAAAGAUAUUUAAUUUAAGGUAAUGUUUAGACAAGGAAAAGCAGUAAAUCUGAUGUCAAAAUUGUUAUUAACACUAAUAACCUGUGCAUAAUAUUAAAUUAUUCAACCUCUUCUGUCUUGAAGAAAUAACGUUUUAUUUAUCUAGUGGCCUUGACCGCCAUCUCUUGCACAUUUCAUUAUUGCUAGUUGCUUGCACUGUAAAUGUCGGUGAUCUGGAUGUUAUUCGACUUCUGUACACUGGACAUGAGCAUCAGCUGAAUGGUUAAAAAAAUUUUUAUGUAAAAAAAAAUCAUAUAAGUUUAUGUAAACUGUAAAAACACUAAAGUGCCGUGAAUGAUUUGAAGGAUCUUUGGGUGUUAAUUAAAUGUGAUAAUGAUGAUAAUGCCUCUUUCAUCUCCGUGUGUUUGUUCUCUACCAUAAUAAUGUUGUGCAUCUGGCGCUAUUGUCAUGUUUUUACUGCGACACCUGAAUGCAACACCUAGAUGGAGACAGAUGUGAGAGGAAGCGUGAGAAGGAACAGAAAGAGACUCUGACAGUUGACUGAACUCAUGCUGAGAAAAGACGUGGCUGAUGAGGAUCUAUUGUAAGAGUCAUGGGUUAGAGGAAGGGUGUUAAACAGGAUGCUGUUGCCAUUAUACAGCAUUAAAAACUAACUUUAGGUUUAGAGUCAAAAAAAAUAACAGGCUGUAAAGAAAUAGUUGGUGGGUGUUGUGUAUUUCUCACAAAUAAAAAUGUUUCAGUCUGA